CACAAUGUUUUCCUGUCUGUGUAUCAUUUCCUGGGGGCUUGCCAAGUGAUAAACAGACACAGGCAUGUGGUGAAUUUCUGGUUUGGGUUUUUAUUUUGUUUUGGUUUUUUUGGAGGGGGGAGUUGUUGUGUUAUUUGUUUUUUAGCACGAAUAAGGUGACUGGAGUUUGCUUUAAGACAUCAAUUGACUUCUGUGAUGACUAUGAAUAUGCUGGCGUGAGGUUUUCAGGAGACAAUGGAGAAAAAAUGGACAUUCUGUGCGGUGUAUUCCAUCAUUCAGAUUCAUUUUGUCAGUGGGAUAUGGGAAGAAAAAUACAAUGCAAGACAAGUCGUUUAUGCUCUGCCUGGCUCUGAUGCCAACUUGACAUGCCAAAUUCCAAAGACAGACCACCUGGUGCAGGCACAGUGGUCCAAGGUCACUGAUGAGGAGGACCUUAUUGCCGUCUAUCACCCAGAACAUGGUUUCUACUGUCCCCAAGGCAGAUCCCCUGAAUCUCUUGUGGCUUUCACAGAGGCUCCUGGAAAUGUGACCAAUUGGACACUGUUCUUAAGAAAUAUCUCUUCCUCGUUCAGUGGAAAUUACGAGUGUAGCUUUACAAUGUUUCCAGAGGGCAUUAAGACGAAAAUCUACAACCUUGUCAUUCAGAGACAUGUUGCACAGGAAGAAUGGAGGAGCAGCCAUACAAUAGAAAUAAACUUGAAUCAGACUCUGAAAAUACCAUGUUUUCAAAACAUCUCUGCAGAAACUUCUGAACUCGCCGUUGCCUGGUCAGUGGAAGUUAAUGGGACUCAGGAAACUCUUAUCUCCCAAGAACGUCCCAACAGCACGUCUGCAUUAUUCAAAGACAGAGUCAAGCUACACGCAGACCACGGACUCUACCUCUCUCCAGUCCAAAUCCAAGAUGAUGACCGAAAAUUCUCUUGCCAAGUUAGACUCAGUUCCGGCAAAAUGGCAACGAGCUCCACCACAGUCAAAGUUUUUGCUAAGCCAGAAAAGCCUGUGAUCAUGGAAAACAACUCCUUGAGCUUUUGGAGAGAGAGAACAUUUACCUGCUUGCUAAAGAAUGUAUUUCCCAAAGCAAAUCUCACAUGGUUUAUAGAUGGAAGAUCUCUGGAAGCUGAAAAAGAAGGAAUAUACAUCACUAAUGAAGAGGGAAAAGGCAAAGAUAAACUUUUAGAACUAACGUCUAUUUUAAAAAUUAUGCAUGGUAACCAAUCAGCCCAGGCCAACAACCUGACCAUUUGGUGUGAAGCUCUGUCUUCAGCCCCUGACAAUAAUGUAUACAACCUCUCUUCAGAAAAGAUUACUUUUUCCUGGGAUUCCACAACUUCCCCAGCAGAUACUACAUUCAGUGUUACAGAAUCUACCAACAGCAUAGCUCCUACAGGAUAUCCAGCUACAUCUUCAAAGACCCCAUUAGACAUGAGUGCAUCUACCAUCUCUCAUACCAGCAAUUCCCAUGUGACUACCCAAGACAUCAGUUACUCCUGGACCUCCAGUGGGACAGAUGCCAAGAAAUCAGUUUCUUGGCUAUCCAGUGAAAUACACAGUUCACCCUCCUCCAGCACAGGAUCCACUCUUCAGGAUGAUAUCUUCACCAGCACUACCAGACCAUUUACAGAAGUUCCCACAACUGCCAGUGGAUCUACUAAAAAUAAUCACACCCAUAUAACUGGCGUUGUGAUUGAUAGGCCUAAAGAUGGGAUGUCCUGGCCAGCGAUUGUUGCAGUUCUACUCUUUUUCUGCAUAUCAUUGUUUGGUCUUGGGAUAAGAAAAUGGUGCCAAUACCAAAAAGAAAUCAUAGAAAGACCUCCUCCAUUCAAGCCACCUCCACCUCCUGUCAAGUACACCUGCAUUCAAGAGUCCAUUGGCUAUGGUCUGCCUUGUCAUGAGAUGGAGCCGCUCUGGUCCUUUGAGACAUCAUGAAGUUGUGGAUCUCUCCUGCAAUCCUACUGAGA